CACAGAAUUCCCCUUUUUCCUCCCACAAGUUAGGUUAUGCAAAUACAAUUGAUCUGUGCUGUAUUAGUGUGACAUCUAAAACAAGAUAAAUUGUAAAAUGUCAUGAUGGAUAAUGAAACAGUAAUGACUAUGUUUACUCUAUCAGGGUUAAGUGGGACAACAAACCACAGAGUUAUUCUCUUUGCUCUCACUUUACUGUGUUAUUGUGUGAUUUGGCUUGUCAAUAUGACCAUUAUUGUGACAAUCAUUGUGGAUAAAAGCCUUCAUGAACCCAUGUACAUCUUCCUUUGUAAUCUGUGCCUCAAUGGACUUUAUGGUACAGCAGGCUUUUACCCCAAAUUCCUCAAGGAUCUUCUGUCUACCACUCAUGUCAUCUCUUAUGCUGGAUGCCUGCUGCAGGGUUUUGUUAUACACUCUUCAGCUUGUGCUGAGUUCUCUCUUCUAGCUCUAAUGGCCUAUGACAGAUAUGUCGCUAUAUGUCGACCUCUGGUGUACCACUCUGUGAUGACUAAACAAAGAGUAUGUGUAUUUGUGUUUUUUGCUUGGCUUGUUCCCUUUUACCUGUUGUUCAUGAGCACAGUAACGACAUCAACAUCAAGGUUAUGUGGCUCACACAUACCAAAGAUCUACUGUGUAAACUGGUUAAUUUCUAAUCUAGCUUGCUCUGCCUCCAUAGCAAAAAUUGUUAUUCCAGCUUUUAAUUAUACUUUUUAUAUUGGCCAUGUUAUUUUUGUUGUUUGGUCUUAUAUAUAUCUGAUCAGAACAUGCCUAACAUCCAAAGAGAACAAAAGUAAAUUUAUGCAGACAUGUGUACCACAUUUAUUCUCUUUAACAACUGUUGUUGUAUCUUUGCUUUUUGAUUUGUUGUACAUGCGAUUUGGCUCAGAAGAGAUAUCACAAAGUGUCCAGAAUUUUAUAGCAAUGGAAUUUCUCCUCAUUCCUCCAAUUAUCAAUCCCUUGAUAUAUGGUUUAAAAUUGACACAAAUAAGAAACAGAAUUCUAAUUUUUUUGUGUGGUAAAAGUUCAGUUUUCAGACUAAAGUCAUGAGUAGGUCUGCACAAAGAAUAAGUCUGUUUGUAUAGUAUGUGAUUUGGGAGAAAUACCCAAUACACCUAAUAAUAUUGUUAAUCAGUAGACAAUGUGACAUUUAUACAUAACUACCAUCCCAGAUUGUAUGGAACAAAAGUGCCAACACAGCACAUACAGAAUAAAAGAAAGCAAUUUAGAGAAAACAGUUGAACAAUUAUGUUUUAAAUGUCAUCUGUUGCUUUCAAUAAAUCUGUUUCUGAUCAAAACACUUAUGCCUUGUUUCACAUAGCUGUGCCUCAAAACAUAUUUUACAUGAGUUGAGGGGUACUGAAAGUAAGAGUGAAAGUGAGUUACCCUUCAAGGACAAAAAGCAGCACUCACAAACAGAAUGUAUAUAAAAGAAUGGCUGUUACUUUGGGGCCCAUUCGUCAAGUAUAUCACACCACAGUCAAACCUAGUUCUACAGUGUAGCUGUUGUACACACGGCACACAACAUUCAAAUGCACUCUGAAAUUAUGAAGUAACUGCCUGAAUAUUUGAGGCAGUGAUUUUAUUACCUUGUACAAUAUUAUUGUUACUCUCAUAGCCAAACAGUGUCAGAACAUGAUGUCUGUACAGUGCUUCCAUACAGAGAACUGGUAACCUUUCCCUGAUUUUUGAUUGAGCUGAACAAAAAAUGUAAAGUGGCCAUCCCAACUAUUAAAACUUUUA